AUGAGCGCGUUUACCACGAAAGUCAUUGCUUACGGCGAUACACAAUUUAGCUUCGUCUUCCCGACGCCUCACAUCACAACCACCGUAUCAUACUGGACCGGAACGUACCCCACAAUCACCGGACCAGACUGGACAAGUCUUCCCCUGACCACUCGAACCGUCCGGCAGACGCCCCUCUCUGAGCUCCCCUCUUUCGAGCUCUUCCAGCCCUACCCAACCAGCUUCAGUACCGUCGUCACCACCGUCGUCGCCGACGCCGUAACCGGCACCGAGACGCGGGUCGCGGCGGCAGCUGAGCCCGCCCUAUGUGGCGAAUACGGAAACUUCACACUCACCUUUGACGAUACGACCGUCGGACCGGACGACGAUUCCAUUCUCCCCGUGAACGGCAUGCGGAACCCAUAUCACCACCUCUUCUACGCAAACGGCUUCGUCUAUGUGCCCGAUAAAUGGGAGCCCUACCCGGCUGUCUCGCAGCCCAACGUGGCCAUGUUCCUCCCCAUCGGCACGAAUCUUCUGCCCAACAGCCCUUUCGCUGGCACGCUCCUCGCAGGUGAGCUGGGCGCAGGACCGCGCGCCUCCGUCGACGCGUACUGGUUCAACGCAUACUCGGGCUUCUUCGGCUGCGCACUCAACGGCAUCACGCCCUGCACGCUGCGCAUCUCCGGCUACCGCUACGACGCGACGUUGAAGCAAGAAGUGCUCGCGGCGGAGCAGAACGUCACGAUAGCGCCGUGCUGGGGCUACAUCAACUGCCGGCUUACGCAGGUGUUCUUCAGUCCCGACUUCCGGGCGCUGAGCGGCAUUCAGUUCAAUGCGUAUACGUACAACCUGGGGAUCCCGCAGAUCUUCAUGAUGGACAACUUGAACCUCGAGUGGUGGAACAAUACGUGCUCGGCGGGGAUACUGCGGAUUGGGCACAGUUAG